AUGCCAGACCAAAGAGGCUUCGAAGAGCUUUGCGACGUUAAAGACCUACCGCGGGAGCUCUACGCCUGGAGCCUUUCCGGUAAAGGCGUUAAGGAUUUCCGGGAUGGGACGGCAGUAUGGUGGCUGCAAAUCCUUCAGGAUGUGUACUACAACGCCGACCCUAAAACUCAUGGGAGGAACUCUUGGGGUUAUACUGUUCUUAGGACUGUUUACACUAAUGAGUCCGACAAGCUGUUCCCGAUUGCCGUAGAAAGGUUGAAGCGAUGGGUGGUAAGCUACUAUGUGCACAGCACGCGAUUUCCUAGCUGGGGUGCCCGGGGCAUAGCGCAACAAAAGACAGACGGGUCGGUAAAUGACGAGUUGGGUCGGCGUUUUCGCCUCGAAGUACUCGAAGACAAGGAUCGGCUGAACUUUCCUAGCCUUGAAAACGCCAGCCAUGACGAUGUGUCAAAGCUCUGCAAGCACUUCAGGCAAUGGACCGUCAGCGUGGGUGCCGAUCCAAAUGCGGAUGAGCGAAACCCACGUCUCCACGACUUUCUCGCCAUGGAUGAGAACAGCGUCCGUUUUCUCGCUGCCCUAACCGAUGAAACCCCUCCCCUUCGUGUCAUUACGAACUUCUUAGAGAAGCGUGAGUGGCUCAGAGACUCCGACUCGGCUUACCUAUGGUUGUUGGACUCGAGAGCUGUUGAAGACUGGGAUGGGGAAGAUGGCUCAUUUAGAGGUUGGAUGAAAAUGGAGGCGGGUUACAUUGGAUACGCAUGGUUCCAAAGGGCAAGACGGAUGGACAGAGAGAAACACAUUUUGACGAACAGAUGGGCCGUGACGACCCACCUGGUGCCUGAAGGCUCGGGUGACUACUGGUUUGAAGCGGUUUAG